UCAUGUAAAUGUAAAACAAUUUGUGAUUCCUGGAAGCAACACAUUAACCGAACAUCUUUAUAAAGAGUUCUGUCCAAACACUUAUGAAACUCUUAAAACUAAAAUAUAAUUAUUUUAUCUGCUUAAAAAUAUUCCAGGUUGAUCCUAAAUCGGAACGCUAUUGGAACCAUGUCAGCGCAGAUGGUUGCAGAUUGGCCCUAAUUUGGAAAUAUGGCGGCAUGUAUAUGGACACAGAUAUCAUCUCAUUUAAAGCAGUUCCAGUAACAAACUUUCUGGCAGCUGAGUCCUCCAUUCAUUCUAGUAAUGGAGCUUUUGGCUUUUCUCCCCAUCAUGAUUUCAUCUGGAAAUGCAUGGAAGACUUUGUCCGUAACUAUAAGGGAGGGGUUUGGGGACAGCAAGGUCCCUUAUUAUUAACAAGAAUUCUGGCACAAUUCUGUUCUCAGCAUAAUUUUAAGGCUUUGGAGGAUCUCAUGUGUGGAAACAUCACUUUCUUGAAUCCUGUACGGUUCUACAAAUUACAUCUGUCAGAUUCGAGAAAGUUCUUUGAAGUUUGGAAAGUAUUGCCAGAUUUUAAUGAUUCUUAUGGUUCACAUUUUUGGAACUACGUGAAUCAUGUAAAUGUAAAACAAUUUGUGAUUCCUGGAAGCAAUACAUUAACCGAACAUCUUUAUAAAGAGUUCUGUCCAAACACUUAUGAAACUCUUAAAACUAAAAUAUAAUUAUUUUAUCUGCUUAAAAAUAUUCCAGGUACUGUGUGUUUGUCAAACAUCCACUUAUAGAUUUUGUUUUUCUAAUUGUUCAUAAAAACCAAGGCAAGAACAUUACUAUAAAUUGUGUGAAUGUAAACAGGUCUCUAAAACCAGGUAGUAACAUGUAAUAUGUUUACAAAGAUUGUUAAAAUAUCUCAGAAAUGUUCUAAACUUCAAGAUAGCUGUUGUUUACCAGCUUUUAAACACACACAUACACAUAUAUAUGAACACAUAGACAACAUGCGUGUACUUCUACACAUUUUAAAAAUGCACAUAAUGCCUAGAUCUCAAUUUAUAUAGCUAAGUGAACAUGUCUUUCAAAUGGGAUCUCUAUGUUGUAUCUGUGAAAAGAAAUGUUAAUCAGAA